GCGGCGGCGGAGGGGCGGCGGCAGAGCCGGAGCGGAGCGGGACCGGGCACGGGACCGGGCACGGGAUAGCGGGGACCGGGCACGGAACCGGGUACGGGAUAGCGGGGACCGGGCGGAACCGGGCACGGAACCGGAGCAGCCUCAGCACUAUGUCCGUCAGCAGCCACGAGAACCGGAAAUCCCGCUCGAGCUCCGGCUCCAUGAACAUCCACCUCUUCCACAAACCGGGCCACGCCGACAGCCUCCUCACCCAACUGAACCUGCUCCGCCAGCAGAACCUCUUCACCGACGUGGUGCUGCGGGCGGGGAACCAGAGCUUCCCCUGCCACCGCGCCGUCCUGGCCGCCUGCAGCCGCUACUUCAAUGCCAUGUUCAGCGGGGGCCUUAAGGAGAGCAGGGAUGCUGAGGUCAACUUCCACGACUCGCUGCACCCCGAGGUGCUGGAGCUGCUGCUGGACUACGCUUACUCAGCCCGGGUGCUGAUCAACGAGGAGAACGCCGAGUCCCUGCUGGAGGCCGGGGACAUGCUGCAGUUCCAGGAUAUCCGUGACGCUUCGGCCGACUUUCUGGAGAAGAAUCUCUACCCUGGGAAUUGCCUGAACAUGCUGCUGCUGUCCGAUGCCCACUGCUGCGAGCGGCUGCUGGAGCUGUCCUGGAGGAUGGCCUUGGCCAACUUCACCUCGCUCUGCAAGACUGAAGAUUUCCUCCGGCUUCCCAAAGACAAGCUGCUGGAGCUGGUGGAGAGCGAGGAGCUGGAGGUGGAGGAUGAGACGCUGGUCUACGAAGCCGUUAUAGGCUGGAUCCGCUACGAUUUGCCCCGACGCCACGAAGUUCUGCCCGAGCUGCUGCGCUCCGUCCGCCUGGCCCUGCUGCCCGAGUCCUACCUGCGGAAGCAGGUGGCCUGUGAGAAGCUGGUGACCAGCCACAAGCUGGGGGAGGAGAUCGUGGCCGAUGCCGUGCGCUGCAAAAUGAAGAUCCUGCAGAACGACGGCCUGGUGACGGGCUGCUGCGCCCGGCCCCGCAAGGUCAGCCAGGCCCUGCUGCUGCUCGGGGGCCAGACCUUCAUGUGCGACAAGAUUUACACGCUGGACCAUAAAACCAGCGAGAUCAUCCCUCGUGCCGACAUCCCCAGCCCCCGCAAGGAGUGCAGCGCCUGCGCCAUCGGCUGCAAGGUCUACAUCACCGGCGGCAAGGGCUCCGAGAACGGCGCUUCCAGGGACGUCUGGGUGUACGACACCCUCCACGACGAGUGGGCCAAAGCUGCUCCCAUGCUGGUGGCGCGGUUUGGCCACGGUUCUGCCGAGCUGGACCACUGCCUGUACGUGGUGGGGGGUCACACGGCCAUGAGCGGCGCCUUCCCGGCCUCUCCCUCCGUGUCCCUCAAGCAGGUGGAGCACUACGACCCCCAGCUGGACAAGUGGUCGCUGGUGGCUCCUCUCCGGGAAGGCGUGAGCAACGCCGCCGUGGUGGGAGCCAAGAUGAAGCUGUUUGUUUUCGGGGGCACCAGCGCCAACCAGAACAAGCUGCCCAAGGUGCAGUGCUUCGACCCCUGCCAGAACCGCUGGACGGUGCCCGCCAGCUGCCCCCAGCCCUGGCGCUACACGGCCGCCGCCGUGGUGGGCAGCCACGUCAUCGUCAUCGGCGGGGACACGGAGUUCUCCGCCAGCUCCGCUUACCGCUUCCACAGCGACACCUUCCAGUGGUCCAAGUUUGGGGAUGUCACGGCCAAAUGCAUCAGCUGCCGCGCUGUCACCUCGGGGAACAGGCUCUACGUGGUGGGGGGCUACUGUGGGGCUCAGCGCUGCAAAACCCUGGACUGCUACGACCCCUCGUCCGACACGUGGAGCAGCGUCACCACGGUGCCCUACUCGCUCAUCCCCACCGCCUUCGUCAGCACCUGGAAGUACCUGUCAGCCUGAGACCUGGAAGGCUUCACACCUGGUUUUGCCAAGUGCCUCCCUUGACUGAGGAUCCAGAUGGAACACACAGGCAGCAGGAGCACCUCCUCCCACCUGGCAACUCUGUGAGCUGGGUGCCAUCAGCACCAGCAGGGCUCAAGGCAACUGGGUCUUGGCUUUGAAUUGCUUCUGCAAAUCCAUCCCCUCAGUCAGGCCAGGGAGGGGACAAGCACGGAGGGACCUCCUUGGGCUGGCAGCUUGUGCUGUCCCUUGAGACAGCAAAAGGUUUCCAAGUGUUCUCCUAACUUGUGUGAUCUCAGAGCAGGAACCAGAGGGAUUAUUUUGGUUUCAGUGAUACUAGAAAGGAGGAAGGACACUCCUGACCAGCUGCAGGACUGCACUGCUGGGACUCGCAGCACCCAAGCAGUAACCUGGAAUGUCAGAACAUGUGACAGUACUUUGCCCACGUGCUGGUUCUGCACAUUUAUUUCUUUUUUAUACAGCAGUUUUGUGUGUUUAUUACUCAGCCUGGAGCUGCUUCAAUAAAUCUGAAUAAAAUCCA